GACCCUCACGUGACCAGCAGUCGACGUGUGCAGAAGUCCUUAUAGUCCAGGCCCAGUUCCUCAGUAGCAGCUCAGUUCUGCUAGAGAAGAGUAACCCGGCUCCUUCCAGGACUCUUUAUCUUUUGAGCGCGACAUAAAUCGAGGUGCAAGAAGAGAGGAAAAUCUUCAGAUACCUACAGGGUUAAUUUAUUCAAAAAAAAUACUCAACAUGCAAAAGUCUUGUGACGAGACCGAAGGAACAGCCCAGAACACACCAAAGGCAGAUGAAGGCCAUCCUUCAGAAGAUCCACCACAGCAGGCAGGAGAAAAUCCUGAGGCUUCUGGAGAAAGUGGGGGGGAGGAAGCAGAUGGGAGCCUUAGAGGAGAGCCUGCUCAACCCAGCCUGGAGCCUAAAGAGGACACUCCCACAAGGCAUCUGAACCCUGAAGAAGUGAUAAGAGGAGUAGAUGAGCUGGAAAGGCUUAGGGAAGAGAUAAGAAGAGUAAGGAACAAGUUUGUGAUGAUGCACUGGAAGCAAAGACAUUCCCGAAGCCGGCCUUACCCUGUGUGCUUCAGGCCUUGAGAGCUUUUCUUUCUGAGAUUGAAAUCUGGCUGCUGCUUUCUUUCUCUUAGCAUUUUCUGAUGUAUCUUUGAACUUCAUUUUACUUUUAAUUACUUAUCUGGUCUUUUCUUUUAGAUAGUUCAUUGUUACCAGCAUCUCAUUGGAUUUUGGAUUUUGACCCAUUUUCCACGUUUAUUUUUUCAGUUGGAAAGUUUCACACUUGUGCAUGGAAAUGUGUUCAUUCCAUAUUAUACAAUUAAAAAGCAGCAUAUUUAGUAUCAGCUCACAUAUAUAGGAAAAUUCCUAAUUAUGUGUGUACAUGUAUAAUUAUACGUAUCAAAAAACUUAACAGUGCUUAUUUUUGUGUGGUGUGUUUUAAUUUUGCCUUUUGCUUCUGUGUAUUUUUAAUGAAUAUGUGUCUCACAAAGAACUGCAGAUUUUUUAAUAAGUGGGAGUUAAUUAAAAAUUAAUUUGUAACCAGCUUGUAGAGGCAAUAAAGGCACUAGACUUGAUGAAGAACUAUUAAAAAGAAAUGUAAACCUGGAAUUACCUCUGGAUUUCUUAGCCAGAGGAAUAAAACUGGCAAUCAUUAUAGAUA